AGUUAUCUUGUUCACAAUAGCCUUCCUUUUUUUUCUGUUCUUCUCUUAAUCCUCCAGCGAAUUUCACCAUGUCCACCAAGUACCUCGCCGCGUACGCCCUUGCCUCGUUGAGCAAGCCCGCCCCCACCCAGGCAGAUGUCGAGGCCAUCUGCAAGGCCGUCAACAUCGAGAUCGAGGCCGACACCCUCGCCUUCGUGAUGGAGAGCGUUGCGGGCCGCGACGUGGCCACGCUGAUCAACGAGGGUGCCGCGAAGAUGACCUCCAUGGCGUCCGCGUCCUCCGGCGCACCCGCGGGUGCUGCGGCGCCUGCUGCGGGUGCUGCUGCCGCCCCCGCCGCUGCCGCGAAGAAGGAGGAGAAGAUCGAGGAGGAGGGCGACGACGACAUGGGCUUCGGUCUGUUCGACUAA